UCUCCUGGACCUCUGAUCUCUUCCUGGACGUUGCCGCUCCAUGUGUUGGUUCCUGGUCGCUGGGAUCGUGGAGAAGGGGAUCUCAUUGGUUGGGGCAGAGCGCGGCGUUAGGAUGUACAUGGUGCGGGAUCUCUGACGGUUUCGUGUGCGGCGGUUUUCGGAUCUAGGGUUUCGGCGCGGUCGUGGCGUGUGACUUGGAGAUCUGCUGUUGAAUUUAGCUGAGUUUGAACAUUGAAGCAUAACAAGGCACUUGUUCCAAAGUAUCAAUUGUAUGGAGAUGGGAAUGACCCCUGAAUUAAUGUAUGGACAAAAUGUUUUUGUUCCUGCUACUGCAAAUCCCUACCAAUAUGGUUAUGCAGAAGUUGGAUCACCUAUGGAAUGGUACAGUCACCAGAGCUCUUUAGGAUACGAUGGUCAAGAUAUUUAUUACCCGACCGAAGGCAUGCAGUGCAUAUACUAUACGGCCCCUGACAAUGGAUCUAUACAUCCUUCCUACAGCCCAUACCCUGCAGAUCCUUCUUUCACAUCCGAUGGCUCAUUUAUUCCCCAAGAAUAUGUUGCUGACACUGCUAACUCGACAUGCCAAAUAGUCCCCCCAUCCUAUUACAUUCCAGCUGUUCUUCCUUAUGCACAAGAUAGUGUCCCUGGAAGCACAACUACACCUCUUCACACCCCUAAUGUUGCAUAUCUUCCUGGUAUGCCAGGUUAUGCUGCAACGUCUGCAAAUGCAGCAUUUCCUUUAAUGGCUCCUGUCACCACAAAAAGUGACAUUGUUGUGAAUCCACCUAUACAGUCUGCUAUUGUCUCUUCAAAGCAAUUUCAGGACCAUGCAAAGCCACCGAAGGUUCAACUGUACAAUUCAGUUGCACCCAAGCAACAACUGCCGGAUGGGUCCAUGGUGCCUGUAAAACUUCCUCAUGUGUCACAGGCAUCCGUGCAUUUUCUUGAAGGAUCAAUAUCUACUGCCAAGCAUUCACCAAAGGCAAAAUUGUCUGGAAACAAUUGCUUUGGAUAUGUGGGUUCUGAUCUUCAGAGGUGGGCUGCUGCCGAGAAAUUUCAGCCUUCAAAGUCGAGUGGCCAUCUGAAUGGUCCUGAUCAGAAGGUGCAUUUAUUGAAUGAACAUAGCUUAGGUGUUCCGGAGAAACUAAGCAAUCAAAGGACCUCUGCCAUAAUUGUAAAAUCUUACACGUCAAGGCUCCCUGUCGGUAAUCCAGAGGGAACAAUCCUUAUCAAAACCGACCAAUAUAACAGAGAUGAUCUCCGAGUGGACUAUACCUAUGCAAAGUUCUUUGUUAUCAAGUCAAUUGGUGAGGCGGAUGUCCACAAAUCAAUCAAGUAUGGUGUAUGGUCAAGUUCCUCCAGUGGAAACAGCAAGCUAGAUAGUGCAUUCAGGGAUGCCGACAGGAUAUCUAGGAGGAAUUCUACCAAGUGUCCAGUUUUCUUGUUCUUCUCUGUGAAUGGUAGUGGGCACUUCUGUGGCAUGGCUGAGAUGGUUGGUCCUGUUGAUUUUCAGAGGGACAUGGACUUUUGGUGUCAGGAUAAAUGGGCCGGUUGCUUUCCUGUGAGAUGGCAUAUUGUCAAAGAUAUACCAAAUUAUUCCUUGCAGCAUAUCACACUGCAGAAUAAUGAAAACAAGCCCGUCACACACAGCAGAGAUACACAAGAAAUACUGUACAUCCCUGGAAUAUCUGUUCUCAAGAUCUUUAAGGAUAUCAAGGUGAAUGAGUGCCUAUUUGAUGAUUUCAUGAAAUAUGAGGAGGAUGAGGCAAGAAUCAAACAGUACAGGAGGUGCAAGCUGAGUCAUAAUGCUCCAGAUUUUGUACCUGUCUCACAGCGUAGAGAUGAUGUAUCUGACACUCAGCAGCAGACAAAAGUCAGCAGCAUUCUGAUAGACAGAACAUUGGAGAAACAAAAUGUGUCCGAGAAGCCACAGGAUCUUAAUAUAAUCAAACAUCAGGAUCCAUGUGUAGAACUUGGUGAAAAACAAGCCAGUGAGGCUGGGAAAGAAAAUGGACAGCAAGAAAACCAUUGUAGUGGCAAGCAGAGUCAGGAGGAUGCAGCGAAAACUAUAACUAACCAGCCACCAACUUCAAGCCUAAAGACAGGUGUGGAUGGGAAACAACAAUACUGGAAGAAGGUUGAAAAUCCACGGCAGCACGCUGGCAGCACUGCCAAUGGCGCAACGAAAGAACCUGAGAAGUGUCUGAAUGGAGUUGGUACCUCGGCAAAUGUUGUUUCAGAGACCAGCCAAGAGCAAAGGAUCAUCGCCAAAGUUGGUUCACUUAAAAUCAGUUCAAAGGUUGUGGAGGUUGACGAUAAGAACUAUGAAGUUGGUGUGGUGACAAUUGGCUCAAUGCCUGUCCGGGUUAGCAAAUGUGAUGGCUAGUGGUAGGUUUCUUUUUUGGUUCACAAUUUACCUUUCCGGGUUUCUUUUGGGGUCCCAGCAAGCAGGGGCUGCUUCAGGUUUCAUUUUCUUUUGGUAGAAUGUCUGUCGUUGAUGGUUCUCCCCCCCCCCCCCCCUCCCCCCCCUUCAUUAUGGCAAGAAAAAAAGAAAAAGAAGGAAGAGGAUAGUUACAUUCUAGUUUCCUGGUGGUGGAGAAAGAUCUAUAAUUUUCCAGCAUUUUGCUGAUGGUUUCUUUUGGAAAGGAAAGAACAGACAAUAUAAGAUGUGUUCUUUUGACAUUAAGAAAAAGAAAGAAGAAAUUGGGUGUUCCGGGUC